AAUUUGUGCCAGUAGCAUGUUUGCAAGUUCUUGAACCGUAACGAUAUGGGUUACAGUUUCGUGAGGGUUGUGGCUUUCUGUUUGUUGAGCUUAUCGCUCGAAAUUUCUGUGAAUGGUGAUAUAUUUGAUUUAUCCCAGUACCACCGCAUGCCCAGGCUAACGGAGUUCGAUGACUACGAUCAAUGUUUGGAAGAUGUACCCGCCGGCAAAAUGGCCACGUACUGCGUUGUACGGUUGGCCAUUAAACCGGACAACAACUCCAAACUGUGGCAGGAUAUAGAGGAAUUCUCCAGUGAUCGAAGACAUUACAAUCAUCGUCAUCUACAGCGUGGAGUCUGCGUUCAAGAUUGUUUGAAAUCGGUGAAACAGCUGUCCAACAGGACCCGGCAGGCACUUCGGGUGGAAAAGUUCGACUUUGAUUACCCGUACAUUUUCGAUGUCACCGUGUUCAAAGAUACCGAAGCUCAUCGCGAACGUUAUGCGGAGUUACUUGAUGUUUGCUUGAAUCACAAACUGAAUGAAACAUUUCAACUGAAAGCCUACACCGAGAUUGAAGUUUGUGAUCGAAAUGACGAUGUCAAUGAAGUUGAUUGGCUUGACAUGCUGUUCCUGCUUGUAUUAAUUACGCUGUUAACUCUUGUGGUGUUCUCAAGUUGGUAUGAUAUGAGUAUUAACAAGAAACAAGAUACAACGCACUACCAGGUACAACUUGAUACAAAAAAACAAAUGCUCCUCGCAUCAUUUUCCAUUCUCCGUAAUUGGUACACACUGACCGCUCGCUCACAGAACGAAUCCAUCCGGGAGCUGCGAUUCCUGCAAGCGAUUCGUUUCAUGACGAUGUAUCUCGUCAUAAUGGGCCAUGCAGCACUUCUGUACACGGUUAUUCCCGUACAAAACACGGCUAGGGCAGAAAUGAUGUACCACGACAUUGGAACGAUGGUCCUAACCGGCGGAGUUCAAAUCACACAAACAUUCUUCUUUAUGAGUGGAGUGCUGCUAACAAUCAACCUGAUGUCCUAUGCGAAGAAACGCAACAGCAAUCUUGGGAUUCUGUUUUUACUGAAAAUGGCGAUAUAUCGUUACAUGCGAUUAACACCUGUGUACGCCUUUAUAAUCCUGCUGCAAGCUACUUGGUUGACGAAACUGCAGGACGGUCCCCUAUGGAAAGUAGGUUCGGAAACCGAGAAAGCCUUCUGCCGACGGAAUUGGUGGACGAAUCUGUUGUACAUUAACAACUACGUCAAUGCAGAUCAACCGUGUGUUCAACAAGGAUGGUAUCUGGGAUGCGACUAUCAACUGUUCAUCGCUGGCAGUUUGUUCCUGAUUCUGAUCAAUAGGUUCCGUAGGUUACUGGUUCCAAUAGUCGUGGUUACCGCGAUCGGAUCGUACGUGCUUCCUGCUUUGUUCAUCUACUACCAAAAACUAGAAGGAGUGUUUGUGAUAACACUCGAGGCUCAACGGUUCAUCAUGUGGUUUGAUGAGCUAUAUUUAAAAUCUUACAUACCGUUGCACGUAAACACCGGAAACUUCCUUGCCGGAAUUGUUACCGGUUUAAUUCACAUCCAUCUGCGAAAGAAGGCUAUUAAUCCCGUUCAGAAAAAGUGGUUCCGUGUUCUUUGGUAUCUGCUUUUACCAAUGGCAAUUGUCAGUUUUCUUGUGCACUAUAUCUUCUACGUGUAUGAUUUUGAAAAACCUUCUCUGUGGAUGGCAGUCUACUAUCCGGUGAUGAAACACACCUGGGGAAUCUUCUGCAGCAUUUUCGUUAUCGGGUUCACAAACGGAAUUACGCCAAUAUUGAAGAGGAUAUUUGAUCAUCGAAUUUUCGAACCUCUGGGACGAAUGACCUAUUCCGCCUAUCUAUCUCACGUAUUUGUUAUGCGGUUGAUUCUUUUGAACACCCGAUCUCCGACACAUUUCAGUUAUUUGGGAAUGAUGACGAUCAACUGUGCCUCGGUCGUGUUUUCCUAUUUGAUGGCAAUAUUUCUAUGUUUGACGCUGGAAGCACCGGUAACGGUACUACAGAAAAGGUUCAUGGGAACGCUGAAAGGUUCAUGAGAUAAAUAAAAUGGGAAUAUAACAAA